CCUCUUUUGUAAUUUGGAAAUAAUUUAACAUAAAUCCAAUAUUACUGCACGGUCCGAAGGAUACGAUCGGAAAAGGAAACACGAGUACUCGGGUAGCCCCGGCGGUGGUUCGCUUGGCGCUGCGCAUCUCGGUGGAGGUUAAGGCUUUUCUCAAUCUCCUUCCGGAUACAGGGGAAGGAACACUAUAUUGAUCAUGCUCCUCCAUGGCUUCACGAUCAAGGGGAAUGCAGUUGCAAAGCAUCUCAUCCAUUUCUGCGAGAGGUUUUCACGUGCGUUGCUUUCCAUAUGCAAUAACUUCUGAUCUGAAGCGUAAAUGUCAGUUCUCAUUUGGCGGGACUAUGAGGUUCUGCAACCUUGUAUUUUUAAGAUUUUUAAAUCGGCAUUUUCAAUCAAAUCGCAUGUCUACUCAGAAGUUUCUAUAUGGAGCAACCGGGCUUAGGGAAGCAUGGAAUUCAGACAGGCUGAAAUUGCUGAAAAUGGUUUCAGCUUUGACAUAUUAUAACAACAUGGAUGACGUUAUUGAGCAAGAAAGAUUGCGGGAUGAAUCUUUUGAUUUGAAUGGCAUGAAGGAAGAAUUUGAUUUUGCAUUAGCUAAUGCAAGAUUUCCCUGCAUCACCGUUGGUGAUUCAUCACCUGUUAAACUAUAUAACGAGGUUCCAUUGGAAAAUAGCCAACUGACACUUUUAUUAACGGAAGGUAGAAGAAACUUUCCUGAUACUGCAACUAGAAAGCAGGCACAAGAAACUAAUGAAGUUAGUGCUAUUGAAUUUAAUGAUGCAUGCCAGUUCCUUCGACCUCAGCUGCCAACUAUAAGUUGUAAUGAGCAUAAUUUCUCCACAUUGCUCCAUGAUUCUCCAGCAGUAAAUGUGGACAGUGGAGCAGAAUUAGUUCAGUUUAGUGGCAAUAAAACUUGUUUAAUUGCAGAAUCAAAACCACAAAAUACUGAAGUAUAUCUUGAAUCAACUCUGGAUUCGACUGUUAAGAUUAUUCCAGAUACAACCCAUAGACAGUGCCGUAGGCUUGAAGAAUGUGGUUUCCACACGGUGCGAAAGCUUCUACACCAUUUUCCUCGAACCUAUGCGGACCCUGAAAAUGCUCCAGGUGAAAUUGAUGACGGGGCCUAUAAAAUCUUUGUUGGGAUGAUAUCUUCUUCUAGGGCUCUUAGAGCUAGUUCAUCUUUAUCAUUUCUUGAUGUUGUGGUUUGUUGUGAAUCUUUUGAUGACGAUGGGAUCUGCAAGAAGAACAUUUAUUUGCAUUUGAAGAAGUUUUUCAGCGGUGUUCGUUUUACACGCCAACCUUUUCUAAGAAGUCUCCAGUCUAAGUAUGAAUUGGGCGCUCGUGUCUGUGUGUGUGGCAAGGUGGUUAAAAAAAUGCGUUCUCAAGAUCAUUAUGAAAUGCGAGAGUAUAAUAUUGACUUGCUCAAGGAGGAGGAACAAAAUUUACAGGUAGACAAACGGCCAUAUCCACUCUACCCGUCCAAAACAGGGCUGAAACCAAGCUUUCUGAAGGACACAAUAUCAAGGGCUCUGAAGAUUUUGUCCGGAGAUAUUGAUCCCAUACCCAAGGAUAUCCUUGAGGAGCUCAAUUUACCUAAUCUUUUAGACGCUUAUUUGGGGAUCCACAGACCAAACAAUUUAAAUGAAGCUGAUUUGGCUCGUAGGAGACUAAACUUUGACGAGUUUUUUUACAUGCAGUUGGGCAGACUUUUUCAAAUGCUCGACUCACUAGGUACACAGAUCGAGAAGGAAGAUCUGCUGUAUAAAUUCAAAUGCAACAGAUUUAAUACUACUCCUGUGGAGGAAUGGUCCACGCUUACUAAAAGCUUUUUGGAAGUCCUUCCAUAUUCCUUAACUCCAAGCCAGUUAAAUGCUGUUUCUGAAAUAAUCUGGGAUCUUAAAAGACCCGUCCCUAUGAAUAGACUUUUACAGGGUGAUGUUGGCUGUGGGAAAACAGUUGUUGCUUUCCUUGCUUGUCUCGAAGUAAUUGCAUCGGGUUUUCAGGCUGCUCUCAUGGUACCAACCGAGCUAGUUGCUAUACAGCAUUACGAGCUCUUAAGUUCGUUGUUGGAGAAUAUGAACGAACACUGUAGACCUUCUAUUGCCUUACUAACUGGCUCCACUCCUUCAAGGCAGUCAAAGAUGAUUCUUAAGAGCCUUCAGACUGGUGAUAUUAAUAUGGUCAUUGGAACACAUAGCUUAAUUGCUGAUAAAGUCGAGUUUUCAGAUUUACGUUUUACUGUCAUUGAUGAGCAGCAUCGCUUUGGUGUUAUCCAGAGGGGAAGGUUUAACAGUAAGUUAUAUUCUACGUCGCCAUGGCUAAGAAUGGGUAAUUCAGGACUGGACAACGCAACUGAAAAUAAGGUUUAUAUGGCUCCUCAUGUUCUUACCAUGUCAGCAACACCUAUUCCACGAACUUUGGCUCUAGCCAUAUAUGGGGAUGUUUCUCUAACGCAGAUAACUGAUUUGCCACCGGGAAGAACGUCUGUGGAAACAACUGUUCUUGAAGGGAAUGAAAUCGGUUUUGAAAAUGUCUUUCAGAUGAUGCGCGAUGAACUGCUUUCUGGUGGGAAAGUAUAUCUUGUUUAUCCAAUUAUAGAAGAAUCAACGCAGUUGCCCCAGCUUCAUGCCGCUAAAAGAGAUUUAGCAUCCAUAUCAAGCAAAUUUGAUAGCUAUACUUGUGGGUUGCUGCAUGGCCGCAUGAAGAGUGAAGAGAAAUAUGAAGCCUUGAAAAAAUUUAAAUCUGGAGAAACACAAGUUCUUCUUGCAACUCAAGUAAUUGAGAUUGGUGUUGAUGUUCCUGAUGCCUCCAUGAUGGUUGUCAUGAAUGCUGAGAGAUUUGGAAUUGCUCAGCUGCAUCAACUUAGAGGACGCGUUGGAAGAGGGAUGCGGAAGUCGAAAUGUGUUUUCUUCUCUUCAAAUUCUGGGGCGCUUAACCGGCUCAAAUUACUCGAACAAUCAUCCAACGGAUUUAAUCUGGCUAUAGCGGAUCUUCUUGUGCGUGGGCCUGGAAAUUUACUUGGAAAGAAACAGUCUGGACACCUCCCAGAUUUUCCCAUAGCUAGAUUGGAGCUUGAUGGAAAUAUUCUAAGAGAAGCUCACCUUGCUGCACUGAAAAUCUUGAGUACUUCACAUGAUCUGUCCUCCUUCCCUAAGCUCCGAGUUGAACUCAGCAUGAGGAAGCCCCUGUGCAUAUUGGGCGAUUGAGAUUUGCACAUUUUAUUGGGACCAGAAAUUCAUGAAGACUGACAAAUUUGGACACACAGACUUUUCAAAUAGUGCAUAAUUUAGAGGCAUGUACGUACGCUUAUGUCUAAUUUGUCUCCUGUUAGGAGACCUCUUCAUAGUUAAGGUGUCAACUUGUUCUUAGUAGAAAAUAUUUAAUGAAUAUUUCAAUGCCAUUGAUUAAUUAUAAACAUUUUUGGGAAAA